AUGGUAACGCUUCGCGAUAUACAGCGUUCAAUAAGCCAUGCCAUUCGCACAGCCACAGCUGAAUCGGACGGUCAAGCAACUUUGGACGAAAUCGACGAGUAUUUGGUGCAGCAAUCUGACAACUCCAAUCCAGGCACUUCAACAUCGACCACUGCUACAGCCGAGACAGCUGCCAUUGAUCGAUUGUCAAACGAACUUGUUCAGACAUGUCAUUCCCAGAUUCUAUCGCACAAGCUGGUCAAUGUCGUGUCAGCCAAACCUGAAGCUCAACGAGUGCAUAAUCAACACUACCUGAUCCUUCGCUUUGUUCGGCAACUUUUACCUAUUUUGCAGCCUCGACGAGUGUGUAACGACUGGUGGAAGCCUAUCUUGAUGCCGAUAUUGCAAACGACAUCGUAUAUCGACAAGGUGAAAAACGAAGCCAAGAGUAUCGUCACUGAAAGCAUGGUGCUCGACUCGAGCGAUGAGUUUGUUCGCAUGAUCGUCAAUGAGUAUCUUGCAUGGUCCGAAAACCACCACAAACGCGAAGAGGAUCUACUGGAACAGUCGUAUGAGCAGGAUGAAACAACUCAACUACGCCAACAACAUCAAGCAUUAUUGGAUCUGGAGCAGGAUGAAUGGUCAAAGAAUCUUGUAGCUGUACUUUUAAACUAUGGAGCAUCCGAGACUAAGCGCCUUUUCAUGGUCUUGAAUGAUUAUUUCCUUUCCAGUAAACAUCGUCUUCAAAUCGUGUACUUGUUGAGCGAAUUCCUCUUACGCAAGCGUACGCAUUUGCAUGAAAUCUUGGAGACCGAGCUCUUUACUUCUAUGCUGAAAUCACUCAUGUACGACAACUCUACAACCUUGAUCGCCAUUUCUGUGACCAACUUGAUUAUGCUCCUCCCUCGUAUGUGUACAUCGUUGCCACCAUACCUUCCACAACUAUUCUAUAUCUUUGCAAGAGCACUCUGCUGGGACCAACUACGUGAUUUACGCCAAAAGCAAGGCAUUACAAAGGAAGAAGAACCCAACAGCAGCAGCACAUCGGCGACGCGGAAAGCAGCUGAUGGAUGGGAUUGUGCUGAUUAUACCUUUUCGAAACUAUCAGCACCUCCUUCCAAUCCGCAAACGGGUCCUUUCUUUACGUCACUCUAUGGCCUUUAUCCAUGCAACUUUUUGAAGUUCCUUCACAAGCCAUAUGCGUACUUUGAGGAGAACAAGUUUGAUAUACCUGAAGAAUUUGAUGAAGAAACAUUCCGCACGCGUACAAUUGCACAAGUCUCACGGCAUAUGUUACAUCCAAGCUUGGUGACCAUGGAUACGGAGAGUGAAUUGACCGACCGAUCAAGGUGGAUGAAAAUGGAACCACCCGAUGUGAUAGCGCAAAUUAUGAGUUUGGAUUUGACCAAUGCGGCAUCACGUGUGGCAUUCAGCACCGGCAAGGAGCAAAAACGAGAACAACAAGAGGAUUUGCUUGAUGAAUCCGUGUGGGCUCACACAGAGAAUGUAUCCGAAGACGAUCAGCAGUAUACCCAUCCUCCUCAUCAUCAUGAAGAAGGAAAACCAUCACGUGAUGAACCACCCACAGCCACAGUGCAAGUCGACCUUGGCAACGAUUCAUUGAUGACCCGUGACAGGAGAUCCAACAAGGCUAUCAAGAACAUUUUGGAUAUGCAUCAAGCAUUGAGGAGCGGCACUGAAGUAUUAAUCGGCGAUGAUGUAUGGGAUGCUGGCCUUGAAUCUUUUGCAUCACCAUCCCCAUCGACAUCGACAUCACCUGUCAUUGCAGAUCCUAUCACGCUCACAGUAUCAGCAGCGACAGCAGAUGAGCUCCGUGCAAACCAUGGCAACGCGUCCGAGACAUCUUUGGCAUCUUCAAAUAUAUCCCCUGAAACAAGGCUUUUGAUUGCUGCUCUCAAGCGUGAGGUCCUAUUGCUAAGAAAUGAGCUCAACUUUGAAUUGUUUGUCAAGCAACAACACCUUCAACACAUGGGUCGUUUGCAUCGUGAACACAUGGUUGAUAGCUCAGUCGAAGCUGAACGACAACGCACAUAUAAUGCAACUCGAAUGCUGCGAGCACAGCUCAAGCAAGCUACGACAGCCCUGAACAAGCUCAAGACUGAAUCUGCACGCACAAAGCAAAAGCACGUCAAUUGGGAGAAUGAACAAUCCGAGAAGCUACGUGGAUAUCGAGAAGCACGCAAAAAGUGGCAAGCCGAUAUGGAAGAGGCGAGGCAAAAACUGCAAGAAUAUGAAAAAGCGGCUGAAGCUCAAAAUGCAGAACUCCUUGAAGCUCAAAAGCGCGUAUUCGAAUUGGAGAGUGAGCUUAAAACACAUGAGCCGUUAUUGGAGAAAGCGGAAGAAAACGAGCAUCGUGUAAUGCAGUUGACCAAGCAAAUGCUAUUAUGGCAAGAAGACACGACCCAUCUUGAAGAACAAAAAGAGUACAUCAAAGGACUCCUAUCUCAAUGGCGAAGCAUGGAAGAACUCGUUGAAAGUUUGCAAUCGGAAAACCAAAAACUAAGUGCUCGACAAAGUGAAUUGGAGGCUGAACAGGACCGUUUAAAGACCAAAAUGGCCGAACUGCAAACCGCAUCUCCUAGCAACAUCCUGGAGGAGGAGGAAAAGGCUCAAAAUCACUGCAAGAAGCAAGUCCAAGAACAACAGCAGAUGAUAAGCAAGCUGAAAGAAAGGAUUGAAACAUUAGAGAUGGAGAGGUUAGAAUUGCUAGCAAAAGAAGAAAGGGACAUUAAAGAUGAGUGA